UUAUUAAUUAUAAUCUUUAAAUAUAAUGACCCAUUGUUUUCAGGUAAUUCAGACAGAAAAGUUUCAGAAAAUACUAAAUUGGUGGUUAUCCUUGAUGUUCAAAAUUGCAAACAUUGGGAUGAUAUAUCAAGAGCUGGACUUUAUUUGGUGAUCAAGAAGCGAUUUCAUAAUGCUUACUUAUGUCGUUCCGGUUCAUUUGGCCCUUUUAGUCCCAAGUUUGAUGUUUCAUUUGUCGGCAAGAAUCAGAGCUGAUCCAUAUUGGAGAUCAAAAUUUGCUACCUGGGGGAAAAUAUCAAUUUUUUUUGUAGUGGCAAACAUUCUCUUGAUACUUAUAACAUACGGAAAAUCGAUGUCUCUCAUUCAUGUCUCGGUUUUCUUCUUCUUUACACUUUCAAAUGCUUGCUUAAAUGGAACCUUAUUCCUCUCCAUUUUCUUCUCCGAGAAGAAUCAGAUGUUAAAUGCAAAAGUAGAGCAUAUCCAUGAUGAGCAGAUCCAGCCCGAACUUGUGGCUAUACCAUAUCAGCUAGCAGACACAAAAACUGAAAUAGUUUAAAACCCAACUCUUUAAAUCCCACAUAAGUUGGUCCUGUAUCAUAAAUCGCACUUUA